AUGACACACUCGCUUGGCGGUGGCACUGGAUCAGGUAUGGGAACGCUACUGAUAUCAAAAAUUCGUGAAGAAUACCCAGAUCGAAUUAUGAACACAUUUUCGGUCGUACCUAGUCCCAAAGUAUCCGAUACGGUAGUCGAACCCUACAACGCUACUUUGUCUGUUCAUCAACUGGUUGAAAACACCGACGAGACCUUCUGUAUUGACAAUGAGGCACUCUACGAUAUCUGCUUCCGUACGCUGAAGCUGACAACGCCCACCUAUGGAGACCUUAACCAUUUGGUUUCAAUGACCAUGAGCGGAGUCACAACGUGUUUACGAUUUCCUGGACAGCUGAACGCCGAUUUGCGUAAACUAGCUGUGAAUAUGGUUCCGUUCCCACGUUUGCAUUUCUUCAUGCCUGGCUUUGCUCCUCUCACUUCACGAGGUUCGCAGCAAUAUCGAUCUCUUACAGUACCGGAGCUCACACAACAAAUGUUUGACGCCAAAAAUAUGAUGGCUGCAUGUGAUCCACGACAUGGGCGAUAUCUUACGGUAGCGGCAAUGUUCAGAGGUCGAAUGAGCAUGAAGGAGGUUGACGAGCAGAUGCUUAAUGUCCAGAAUAAGAACUCGUCAUAUUUCGUCGAAUGGAUUCCGAACAACGUCAAAACUGCUGUAUGUGAUAUUCCACCGCGAGGAGUGAAGAUGGCUGCUACAUUCGUCGGUAACUCGACCGCCAUCCAGGAGCUAUUCAAGAGAAUAUCCGAGCAAUUUACAGCCAUGUUCCGUCGUAAAAGCCUUCUUCAUUGGUAUACUGGUGAGGGUAUGGAUGAAAUGGAAUUCACUGAAGCUGAAUCGAACAUGAACGAUCUGGUCUCUGAAUAUCAACAAUAUCAGGAGGCUACAGCAGACGAUGAAGGCGAAUUUGAUGAUCAUGACCAUGAUGUCGAGGAAUAA